AUGGGAAAUUGGAAGAGAAGAUUAUAGAAAUAAAAAACAAAUCAAAAUUUAGGAAUGGAUUAGAAGAGUUAAUCUCCCUUAAGAUCAGGAAUUCUUCGAAGAGAUAAGUAACAAAUUCUACUUUAAAAAAACAGUGAUUUAAUAUUGGCUUCAACUCAUAGUAAAGAGACAAUAUAACGGAAUAUAAUGGCGGAAAACUUAAGGAGAUAUAAAAUUUGCAAUUCCAUAAAUCAACGAUAAUUUAUCCUAAUUAAUAAAGUAUCUGAUAAUUUUGUUUCUGGAUCAUAUUAAAAGGUAAUAAUAGAAUAUUUUUAUUUAAGAUUAUUAGAAAAUGGCUCAGUUAUAAUUGA